GUCCGCCUUAUCUUCUCCGCAAAAGCUCGGGGGCUCUCAGAGAGCCACAGUCCUAGUCUCCAACCGCAGAGGUCACCGGAAAAUGGUGGCGACAAUGUUUACUUCUCUCUCCACCCUCUCUGUCACACCAAAGCCGUACUCAUCCCAAGCCUUCACCAAACGAACUCAUUACAACGUCUCUUACUCGUUCUCACUCCGUCAAUCGCAACGGACUCUGAGGUUCGACACUGCGAAUACAAGUCCAGCUUCGAAGAGACGAUUCUUUCCUCUAUGUUUCUACAAAGAUGGCGAUAAAUCUGGAGGCGAAUUUGAACAAAGGGAAAGUGGAGUAGAUUGGCCUAUCCAGCAACGGUGGGAUGUGCCUUGGAAGUGGCAGACAAUUUCCUUGACUUCAUUUGCAUGUGGAUUAGGUUUUGUUUUGACAGGACUGAUAGAGACAGCGGCCAUACCACUUCUUGGUCUGCAAAUUGGGGAAUUAAGUUUGGAUGAAAAGGCGGAAAUAUUGUUUGUGGACCAAACCAUUACGACUGCAGUUGUACUUGGAGUCCUCUUUAGUCUUGCAAACUCAUUUGAGCCUCUUCCUGAUGAUAUAUUUCGAUAUGAUUGGAGGGAACCAUUAAAUCUUGAGAAAGGAUGGCUCUUGUGGGCAGGAAUUGGCCUUGUGGGAGCCCUAGUUGCUAUUGCAUUAACAGGAGCUCUGAUGUCCUUGUUUAGUGGUGAGACCCCACAAAGAGAGACUGAUGCUCUUGUUCGCUUGCUUCCAUUGAUUGGAUCUUCAAGUGUCAGCACGGUCUGCCUGUUGGGCAUCACGGGUGUUCUUGCUCCACUUCUUGAGGAGACCGUCUUUAGAGGUUUUUUAAUGGUGUCUCUUACAAAGUGGUUGUCUACACCACUUUCUGUCCUUGUCAGUGCUGCAGUAUUUGCCGUUGCACAUCUGACUCCUGGGGAAUUUCCCCAGUUGUUUGUACUUGGUAUAGUCUCUUGAUAUUGAAAAAUUGACCUAGAUUUAUGCUGCAGAAAAUUGGAUUUCUAAAAAAAGUUCAAAAAUAGGGAAAAAAAUCAACGAGAGACCAGUGCUAAAUGAAUAUUUCUCAUCAUAUUCUAGUUUCCGAUGUUGACAAAUUUCAUUUAUAGUUGUUCCAUACCUUCAAGUGUUCAUUUGGCAUGUAGUGAAAUGGUUAAUGUGUCCCUGCAAUUUUUAGUUGGUCGAUGCAAAAUAAUUAAUUUUGUAUAUCCAAUCAUACAGCUACCUAUGGAAUCUUGAUUAUUCUGGCAAUUGCAAAGAAAUUGAGCACGGCUACAAUAUAUUUAACAAUCUUCUAACGUAACAUGGAUACCAUCUCAACGACAGAGUGCUUUAUGGUUGAAGCUGAUGUUAUGCCAGCCUUCCUAUACCUGCUAAACUUAAGUAUCAAAUUUGAGAGAAACUAACAUAAUCUCAUAUGAUAGGGAUUGCUUUGGGAUUUUCAUAUGCUCAAACUCAUAACCUUCUCACCCCCAUUACAAUACACGCUCUUUGGAACUCGGGGGUUAUCUUGCUUCUCACCUUUCUUCAGAUCCAAGGAUAUGAUAUCAAGGAAUUGUUGCAGGCAUCUUGAUGGAGUAUGUGUUAUCCUCCAUAGGGGUAAGGAGCUUGUGCCGGUUGGCUCCUUUGGUUUGUCUCCUUGUUCAAGACAGGUUUUUCCCCCUUUCCUACAUAACAUGAAAGGAAAAUGAGUAGUGAUAGUCGAUGUUGAAUGUCAAAAGUUGAUAACUUCAUGCAAUUCUUAGUGGUGAGACCAGGAAGAAGACAUUGUUUAUGUACAACUACAUUAUGACAGGCUUAUUUACCCAAAAAAAAACAAGCGAACAUUAUGGCAGGCAUAUUAAAUUACCACCUGUUGGAAAUUUCCUAAAAACUGUGGUGCAAGAUGUGGCCUUGAUAUAGAGCAAGUAGAUGCCUUCAAUUGAAUUAUACUAGUUACCACUUGUAGGACUUGCUAUUCAUUAUGAACUUGGCAGUGGCAGUGCCAUGUGGUACCGAAACCUGAUGAAAAAUUGUCAUAACACUUGUUUG